AUGCUCGAGUUGCUUGGGAUUCAGGCGGCCUCCUCGAGGGGGCCGGACGAGCUCGGGGGAGCCCGCUGGGACCGCCUGCUGCACCGUGGGCGCCCCGGCUGCGGCCGAGCCGUGCGCGCGACCGCCGCGCCGGCGGCCCGCCGCGGCCGAGGGCCGGGUGGCGGCGCAGCCGCAGGAGCCCGUGGGGGAGCCAGAGCCCCAGGCUGCGCCCGCGCAGCCACAGCCGACGACGACGCCGCAGCCGGCGCUGGUGCAGCCGGUCGCGACCUCGCAGCCGCAGCCGCCGCGGGCGGCCCUCGGCGCUCGGGCGGCCCCGCCGAGGUACGUGGCGCCCAGGCUGCCCAACGUCGUGCCCGCGUCCGCUGGCGUGGAGCACAUCGAGCCAGAGCAGGUGCAGGCCCUCUUGCGCGCCGGCGCCUGCCUGCUCGUGGACGUGCGCGGGGGCGACCGCGGCACUGGCUGGAUCGAGGGCGCCGUGCACGUGCCGGCGAUAGACACCGUACCUUUCCUCACGAAGGUCCCCGAGCUCACGCAGAGGUGGGCGGACGAACGCCUCGUCGUCUUCCACUGUCAGUACUCCGCCCACCGCGCGCCUCAGUGCGCGAAUUGGUACCGGGAGCAGGGCCAGCCCGGCGCAGCGGGUCGGCAUCCUCGCGGGGGGCUUCCGCGCAUGGGAGGGCUGGGGCCUGCCUUUCCAGCGGCCGGCGCCGGCGGGCGCGGGCGCCGUGGGGGCAUCAGGACAUGCGGCGCUGCCGCCGCCCACGCCUACGCGAUCAGGCAGGGGCUGCAGAUCGCACAGCAGGGGGCAGCGGCUCAGGACUGACCCGGAGUCCCAGGCGCACCCCCUGGCGGCACCGCCUCCGCAGGCGGGCGGCGCGGAAGCGCAGGCGCCCAAGCAGCCCUUGGCGGCGGCGCGGGCGUUGGCAGCGCCAGGCGUGGUCCAUGUGGCCCACCUGGGCGGCUGACGCGCGUGCGCGGCGCACGGCGCACAGCGCGCGGCGCGCGGCGCUUGAGUCGUUCGGGUCGGACGUGGGGAAUAUAGGUGGAUCCGUGUCGCUCCGAUCCGCCGGGGAGUCCCCUCGGCGCUCGCACCGUCUCUUCCAGACGCGCAGCGCCCAUAUGCGGCCCGUGGGCGUCUUGUUUUAUCCCGUACGGCCAUAAUUGCCGGUAGCUGCGGGUUCCGCGCAUGCUCCCGUCGUGUGAUUCUUAGGCUUACACCUUCUCACCAUUCGCCUCCCGACUGCUUUCUGUGCUCGUGCGCCCUUCUGCGGGGCUGGCCCUGGGAGGGAUACGUAUUGCGGCUUCCGCGCCAGAAGUGCGCUGGAUCCAGGAGCGAAUUGGCGAUUCGACGCACGAGUGUUUCAUUAGUUAUCUGGCGAGGUCUCCGCGCGUGCCUUCCACGCGCUCUGGCCACCUCGCGAGCUUUUUCUUGUGCGGUCACCGCCACGCGCCCGCGGAUGCGAAA